CAACGCUUUAGUUAUGAAUUUGCUGUGAUGUGAAGUGUGCGUGUUUUCCAUCGUAUGAUCGCGCAAUGAAACUAAGAAAAAACAUAAAAUCAAACAACAGAAUAUGUUGUGUGUGAAACAAAAGCAAAUGAAUGAGACAACGAUAUAAAAUAAAACCACACAACACACCAACGAGGGAACAAGCAUAACAAAAGACCACAAAAAAAUAUAUAUUUUUUUCUAUUUGUGAAUUGUGCUGAGUGACGGCAAGAAUUCCAAUUGAUAAAAUGGAGUGAGAAUAAUAUUUCGAUGAGUGUGUGUGGAACAACAACAAAAAUUUUAAUUUUUAUUGUGAAAAGAAAUUGAAUUUGUCUUCAAUUUUUCCCUUCAUUCACGAAAGGAAAUUUUUUUUAUAUAGAAUAAUAAUUCAUUGUGCAAAAGUGAGAAGAAGUGUAGUGAAUAACAUAAUUUAAGAAAGGAAAAAAAAAAAUAAAUAAAUAAGAAGAAUAGAAAUUUAAUUUGGAAUAAAAGUAGUGAUAGUGCGUCUUGCGAUUGUGAUGGUGCAGUUGAGCAAACGAAGCGCAUCGAUUUCAGCCACUCUCAACUCACAGUGUAAACAGUCAUCUGUGUUGUGCACUUCGCCAUUAAUGGAUUAGCAGAAAAUCACUGUCUUCGUUGUUGUUUUUUUGUCCUACGAGACACACAACACCACAACACACUACAAAGCAAAUUCCAAGCGUCCCAAACUCGACUUGUAUCAUUUUGACAUCUAUUCUCGAAUGAAGGGCAACCGAACGUCUUUUCUUACAAAUAAUUGGUCUUGAAACGUCAACAACACCUUGUAUUCUGUAAAAUGUGUUCGAGACAAAAACAGCAAAUCCAAGUUCACCGGUUUUGAACGCAUUCACAAAAACAGCGAAAGUAAUUCUCAAACAAAGUAGAAGUUGUAUCGAGAGAAGGACGAAUACGAUAAAAGUCGACAAAAUGGUGUAUUAAAUGGUUGUAAAAACAAACGUUGCAGCCAGCACCAAACAACAUCAGAGGAGGAAACCUUUGCAUUUCUUUAAUUGAAAGCACAUAACUUGCUAUAUUCAUUUGCAUUUCGCCUUUGCAGUAAGGUGUACGUAAAUCGAAUUUUAGAAAAGUGAUAAUAACGGCGUGGAAGAUCUCUCAUUGCGAAAUUGAAACAUUUCCAAACUGACGAGACACACCCACACAUACACAUAAAAUCGUUUUUUCACAUGAAAAAGUGAAUUGAAAUCGAUUCUGGUCUUCUUCUUUUUUUCGUUCAAAACAACGAAUUUCUAUACGACGUUGCCACUACGAGAUAAAAUACUGAGAGAAAGCAAACAUGGAAACUUCAAUGACUGAAAAACAAACCAUAUCAACUAGUCCAAUGAAACAGUCAGUAUCAAUGACAUCGUUGAUGCCACCGCCAACAUCAACGGAACGCGAUCGAGAUGUCAGCGAUUCAUCAAUCGCCGCAAAAGUUCGCAUCGAACGGCCAUACAACAGUCUCAAGAAGGAACGCAAUUCGGAAAAGGAUUUAUGGCGUAAUUCUUGGGGCAGCAACCAGAGUUUUGUUGGAAAAGAUGAUUUCUGGUUGGCAUUACAAUCAAACUACAACUAUAUCAUGGACACAAAUCUAAUCGAUAGUUGCCGUGAAGCGCGCGGAGAAUUGGAACGGAACUAUUCGACCGAAACCAGUCAGACAGACCAAAAGAAGAUAAAUGGUGGAAAGCAGUCCGAUGAUUAUAUUGUUGAUUUGAAACGUUUGAGACUUUGGUUGCGUGAGAUGGAAAAGCAACUGGCUCAAUUUCCUACAAUUUCUGAUGCCAUAAAAAUGAAAGACUUUGAACUAGAAAGAUUGCAGAAAAAGAAUGAGGAAUUAUAUCGUAUAAUUGGAAAACAUGCAAAAUUAAUUGGCGCAUGUACACGAUCAUUGUCGCGACAACGGGAACAUUGCAGUGAAACGCCGACAUCGUUCAUUUUACAGAACAAUACAGACAAUUUCAAAUCCGAACUUGAACAGAAGCAGCAACAACAGCAACUGCCGCACGACGACGAUAAUUGUUUUUCAUCAUUGGAAACGCACAUUACACGACGCAGCCACAGCAGCAACAAUUCAAACAAUGAAUGCAAUCUAAAAGCGCUUGAACGUCGCUAUCAUUCAUUGUAUUUGAAAUCAUUUGAAAUUUCGGUGUUGCUUGAAAAUUUACUGAAAAACGACGAUUUACAGAAUUCAGCGUCUCAAUCAUCAUCGUCCGAAGUAGAUGAGGGACCGGCAGCCAAAUUAGCACGAUUCACAAAUGAUUUGAUUGCGGAGAAUCAUCAACGGAGAUCGAUAAACCCAAACCAAUCGAAACGAAAAUUUUACGAACUAACCGACGAACAGGCAUCUGAUGACGAUGAUGAUUGUCGUUUUCCAAGCUAUUUCGAUGAUACAGUGAUCAAUGUGCAAACGAAUGGUUUUGACGCUGAUUCAGAAGGGAGCGACAGUGAAUUAAUGCCCAAGAUGAACAACAACAUUGAAGAACAAGCAACAAAUACAUCAACAGACAAUAAUGGAAAUCCUCUGAACGUAUCGAAUAAUACGGAGGAAAUGACGCAAAACACAGAAACCGAUUUGUAUGGAUCGAAAUCAGCUUCGUUGCCGCCGAUGCCAAGCAAGCAAAUGGCAGGCGUUAAACGUCAGAGAAAGGUCGACGCAACAAAAUUUAAUCGAUCGAAUCGGGAAUCAAAGAAUUGCGGCACAUUCUAUUUUAAACAUUCAGACACCGAACCAGAAACGGGCAGCCAUAAAAAUAACGGCAACGAUUGGUCAUCACAGGCCACCAGCGAAUUGUGUUCGGAAGAAGAAUGGGAAUAUUCAAAAGGCAGCGAUGUCAAUGGAAACCACUCAAAUGACAAUGAAGACACUAUUGAUAAUGAAAACUUGGCCAAUUUAUCGAUUCAAGUGAAUGUAAAUGAUACCAUUAUUGAUACGGUUGACAGCCCAUUUGCCAAGCGAGAGCAAUAUGAAAAUGAAAAAUUCGACCAGCAAAUGCAAUCAACUCCUGUAUCAGUCGUUGUGAAGAGCAGCAUUGAAAAGAGGCUUUAUAAGGAAAUACCUAAGGCCUACUCAAAGGAGAGCAUUCAACAAUUGGUCAUGGGUGCUGAAAAUUUGGUGCGUGAUGAACUCUUAAAAACUCCCGUUCGAAGCCGUCGUCAAUCAGCCGAUGCGCAAGUCUCAGCACGAAAAACUGUCCACUCGCUAAACAGUUCAAAAUAUAAACGUGUCGAGCACUGGCUACAAAAUCAAAGCCAACCAAAACAGACAUUAACGGUGCCAACACUGAACACAGAUGGUGAAGCUUCAUGUGAAUACACGACCGAAUCGGAUGCUCGUGAUUCGGAUGGAUCAGAAGAAUUGGCUGAUUCGGUGGCAACCACAUGUUUGCAAGCAACUGGAAAUAAAUCUCAAUGCACAUCAACUGAAGUGAUCACAACAUCAGUUGAUUUAUUGAAAGAUUCGCCAGAAAGUUGUCAAACAAACAAAGUUGUGCCACGAACAAAUCGCCGUAAUUCCGAGCGUCCCGUAUCCGUUUCAUGUAUAUCUCAGCUCACCAAGCAAACACCAACAAAUUGUUUAUCGGACGAUGCAAACAAUCAAGGCUUGGCCAAUCAUUCGAUCAGUGAAUCAGCAUUGCAUACAUUAAAUAUCGGAUCACAAUCAAGCUUAAGAAUGAAAAGUUCGGACAGUAAAAAUUCGUUGAAAAAGCGUCGCAUGCGCUUGAAGAAGAAACAACGCAGCGAAUCUGGUUCGAAUGCUUCAGAAGCAAGCGGUGGAAAUCGUCGUGGAAGUUACAGCUCUCUGAUGAAAUCGGAAUCAUUCUCAGGCCAUUUGGUGAUUAAAGAAACACAAACGGUUACCGUUGAAAGUGUUGCAAUCGAAACGGAGAAUGAAGAUGAAAUCACAUUGCCAAAACCGAAUUUCCAAGUUGGUGCAUGCACCACAAAUAUGUUCAAUUCAACACAUUUGGGCAAUUUGGCACCGCUUGCUUUUUACAAUUUGAAAGGGAAUACAAACACUCGUGAAUUAAGCUUCACUGGUACCGAAGAUAACAGCAAUGUAUCUGAACAAAUCGAUCAAGUUUGGGAUGAUUACCAAGAGAAAUACUUGUCUGAGGCAUAUUCAGAAGGUCGUGAUUCAGAUGCAGCACGAAAAUUGCUCGAAUUUGGCGAUGACUACAGAAAUUUCAUCGAUUCACAAUCCGAUUGCUGCUCAUCGUUGUCAGCUGCCAAUAAUUUGGACUCUAUGUCACCACCAAGAGGCAGGAAACCGAUUGGUAGUGGACAAAUACCUAAUAAACCGAUCAGUAAAUCACCAUCGGAUGAGGAUAACGCGAUGCGCAAACGACGUGCAUUUGAAAUCGAAUGGCGACGCAGAACACAUGGGGAAAAUCAUCGCAAACCAUUUACUGAAGAACGUCGCAAAUUAUCAAACGGAACAGAUACGAUGCAAUCACGAACAUCACAUAAAUCGCAAAAAACUCCAAAGGCGAAUAUCAGCCGUAAAUUGGAAAUGGAGUUUAGCAAAGCAUUUUUCGGCAACGAACGUCGUCGCAUGAAAUCAAACGAAUCAAAGGAAAUCUUAUCAUCAUCGUCAUCGGCAGCCAGCAGUGAUGCCGAAGACGAAACACACAUCGACAUUGUGCUAAAUCAAAGCCGUCGCGAUCUUGAAAAUACACAAGCGCUCAAAAUUCGUCGGCAUCUUUUGCAUUCGGAAGACUAUACCGAAAUAAUUGCGACAUGCAGUGAGAAUAUGCGAUGCUUGAAAACGGUUUUACAUAGUCCAGGCGGCUCAUUGCUUUCCAAUCGUCGGCACGAAUUGAUCAGAGAGUUGCUUUCGUCUUGGGAAAGUUUGCUGCAUUGGAGCGAAAACGAAUCAUUUGUAAAACAAUCGCAGGAGGAGAUGGCUACACUUGUCGACAAAUUGAAUAAAAUCGGAACAUCACAAUCGACUUUGGACACCGAAUCAGCAAUUCAGUUUGCCAUCCAGGAAGCAAAGGACGAAAAGGCUCAAUUGCAUACAUAUCGUUCAUCGAUGUUGCGUCUGAAUGCAUCCGUUCACAGUUGGUUGACACGUCAUGAAAAACGUAAACAAAUCGAAAUGGCAGCCAAUAAAACUGCUGUGACUACAACAUCAAUUGAUAGCGGCAAUGCAGAUGAAAAUGGAAAUUCGGCCGAAGAUUCAACACUUGAGUCGUCAACAAUAACAAUCAAAGAAGUAUCAUCAUCGAACGCUGUUGGCACUUCAAUCGAUGCCGAUGAUUGCACAUUUAAUGAAGAACUACACAAACAAUUGAAAAACGAAGUGGGCAACAUGUAUAAGGUGUGGGAUGAAGCUGACGAGAGAGUAAAAAAUCGUUUGGAAUCAGUAACUACAUCGUUGAUUGCAUGGAAACAGUUCGAGAAUGGAAUCAAUGAAUUUAAAGAGGUGUUGGGCAAAGACACAGGUGCAUUGAAACGUCUGACCGGUGCAUUGGAAAUGGGAACCGAUGUGAUUAGCAAUAAUUUGGCAUACGAUGUAAAGGAAGUUGCAAAGCGUCUCUCCGAGAAAAUGGACAAUCAAAACAACAUAGCAACGGCAACCAGCCAACAGAAUACAACGUCUCAGCCAAAAUUGAGUCACAUCGGAGCGAUGGCGUUCAAUUUACCAUCGAACGGUUCGUUGUCGGACAGUGGUAUUUCGGAUGGUGGUUGUAGUUCCGAUUAUGGCCUUUCUGAGCGUGAACGACGUCUUGGUGCACUUCGUCGUCUUGCCAAACAGCUUGAACAGGCCCUAGUUCCAGGCAGCGAAGCGCUCAAUUCCAUCAACCAACGCAUGGAAAUGGCCGAAGCUGAAUUGCGUUCACUUCAAGAAACUUGCCGUGAAUUGAUCAUCCGAACGGCUGUCUCUCAACCGAAUCGCUUGGCCACGGCCAGCCAAACAACUGGAUCGACAUCACAUUUAGAUGCAAUUGUCUCGAAUGCAUCAGCAGCAAACAUCAUUAAUCAACAGCCAAUUAAUUUCCAAAUUCCAAUUAUCAACGUUAAAGCAAAAACAACAAAACGUACAACACCCAACAAACGAAAGCAACGAAGACGAACAAAUUCAAGCGGUACAAAUGGAAUUUCAUUGAUGGCCACACCAAAAAUGCCGUUGGCCGUUUCAAAUCAAUACGAUAUGAUGACAACUGCAUCCGAACCAGAUCCAGACGAUCCGAAGGAUGACACCAUCGUUGAAGAUGCUGACGAAAAAGGAACAUGGAGUUGGCGCGUCGCAAAAUAUGCCGUGCCAGUUCAAUUGGCGUUGAUCGCUUUGUUCUGUGCAGCAUGCUUCAUGGAGCCACACUGUUGUGAUGGUGCGAAUAAUUUUGCAUGGAGUCUAUCGCCUCAUUUGCGUUACGUUCGUGGACCACCACCAAUUUGAACGAAUGAAAUACGAUACAAACAGAGAGAAUGAAAUGAUACACAAACAAAUUCAUUUUAUCGAUUUAUCAUAAAAUAGAAAUUGUCCACAGUGACAUGGUUUUUAUAACAAAAUAGAAAUUAUUUACUGAUAAAAGUCGAUAAGGCAUGCGUAAAUCAAUUGCAAAUUUCUUCCAUUGAGAAAUGAAAAAUUCAUCAUCGAAUUCGAUCGCCGAUUGAAUACGGCACACCGUUGUAUGAAUUUAUUGCAUCGAUACGUAGUGAAAUUGCUUUAUUGAAAAAGUGAAUUUGAACAUAAGUAAGAUUUAGUAACGCCAUCGGGCACGCUGUUCAUACACAGCACCUGAACUAACGAUGGAGUACACACACACAUACAAACAAGAUUUCAAGAGAAUUAUUACAGGAUGAGAAGAGGAAGAAAGAAACAAAACAUCGGGGUAAGGGGUGUUCGUUGAACCGGUCACUCUACAGAAACUGUAUUACAGCACCCCACACAUUUAGCUUAAGUGCAUGUGGAAUGUUUUUUGUUUUGAUAUAAUUGUAUUCAUUUAUUCUUUAUUUUUCCAUUUAUUUUUGUAAUAGUUAAGACUGCUUUUUUUGCUUUUUUUCUUUUU